CCGGGAUGCAAUACCCAUCCAAAUGAAACGAACGCCAGUCCUUUCGCUAAUCCUUGUCUAUCCUUUUUAUCUCGGGACUCAUAGCAGUCUGAUCACUAUGGGACAGCGAAGCGGUGGGACAAAGCCAUGCGGAUGACAUUCAUGUAAAGAGAGAGAAAAAAGUAAGUCUGUUUGACUUCAGCGGGCGCAAACUGGGCGCAUGUAGGCAAAGCUGCGUAUGCGUAAAAGUGGGCCAAAAUGUUCCUCGUCCUGCUCCUGGGGCUCUGCGUGGCCACGGGUGAACUUUUUUCCCGAGUGAGCUCCUGCCCUUCGCAGUGCAGCUGUUUUUACCACAACCUGAGUGAUGGCUCCAAGGCCAGGAGCGUGAUUUGCAAUGAUCCCGAGAUAUCUCUUGUGCCUGUCGGGUUUCCUGUGGACACGUCAAAGCUGCGGAUCGAAAAGACAUCCAUCCAGCGGAUACCAAGCGACGCCUUCAACUACCUCUCCAGUCUGGAGUUCCUGUGGAUGUCUUUCAACACGCUGUCCACCUUGAACUCGGAUAGUUUCCGGGGACUGUUCAACUUGGAAGAGCUUCGUCUGGAUGGCAAUGUCCUCACCGCCUUUCCCUGGGAAUCUCUCAUGGAUAUGCCCAGCCUCAGACUUCUCGAUUUGCACAACAACCAGCUCACCUCGCUGCCCCCUGAAGCCACUACUUACAUCAGGAACCUCACCUACCUGGAUCUGUCCAGUAACAGUCUGCUGACCCUGCCGGGCGAGGUGCUAUCCACCUGGCUGGCUGCAAAACCCACGCAAGGGCCAGAGAGCUCCAAGAUGAUCCUUGGUCUCCAUGACAACCCCUGGGUGUGUGACUGUCGGCUCUACGACCUGGUCCAGUUCCAGAAGUCCCCGUCUCUUUCAGUGGCGUUCAUUGACACGAGGCUCCGGUGCUCGGCUCCUGAGAGCGUGUCGGGGGUCUUGUUCAGCGACGCAGAGCUGCGGCGCUGUCAGCUCCCACGUGUCCACACAGCCGUGGCACGGGUGCGGAGCGCUGCUGGAAACAAUGUGCUGCUCCGCUGUGGAACCAUUGGAGUCCCCAUCCCGGACUUGACAUGGCGCAGGGCAGAUGGACAAAGCAUUAAUGGAACAGUCCAGCAGGAAACCUCAAAGGAAGGAAUCACCUGGUCCAUACUCAGCGUCCCAGCCGUGUCCUACCGCGAUUCUGGGAAAUUCAUCUGCAAGGCUUCUAACUACGCAGGGAACGCGGAGGCUGUCAUUUCUCUUGUUGUCUCUAAUUCACCAAAACUAGAGGGGAACCAAACCACCGGUGAGAAGAAGGCCAAAGGCAAGAAACCAAACCAAAUGGGCAAAGCUGCCUACCAGGAGAAACUGGUGGCUAGAUAUGUGGUUCCAACUUCUACCCCUUCAGCCUCGCCUGCCCUGGAUCCUGGCCUUCUACCUGGUCUUGGUCCAGACCCUGGACUAGCCAGGUACGGCCUGAGUGACAGAGCCACACCAGAUCCUGCCACCUCCGCGGAACCAGAUGCACUGCUGGAUUUGGAGAAGACAAAUCUAAGCAACCUCGCGGCCAACACCUCAUCGCUACAGCAGGACCCAGAUAGAGUGGUGCGCUCAGUAAAGGUAGUAGGGGACACAGACAAUACGAUUUCUCUGAACUGGAGAGCCCCUAAAGCUAAGAACACAACUGCAUUUAGUGUGCUGUAUGCUGUGUUUGGAGAGAGGGACAUGAGAAAGAUUAAUGUUGGAGCGGGGCAGAACCGCGUAACCAUCAAUGGGUUGGUGCCCAGGACCAAGUACAUUGCCUGUGUAUGUGUGAGGGGGCUGAUCCCUAAGAAGGAGCAGUGUGUCAUAUUUUCCACUGAUGAAGCAGCAAGUGCCACUGGCACCCAGAGGCUGAUUAAUGUCAUUGUGAUCACAGUGGCCUGUAUCAUCGCGGUCCCACUCACUGUCAUUGUAUGCUGUGGGGCGUUGAAGAGACGCAUUCAGAAGUACUGGGGAAAGAAAUCGAAGGAUAUCCAAGAUUCAUACGUGACCUUUGAAACGCUGUCGCCUGGCACCAAGGCCAAAGGGCUCGAGGGGGAGUAUUUGAACAAACUGAACCCAGAAGAGUCCAAUAGGCUGCUCUCAGCCCGCUCCAGCCUGGACUCCGAGGCCACGGCCAAAAUAGAGGGACAGCCCAAUGAGUACUUCUGCUGACGUCAUGCUCCAGCUCCGGCUCCUGCUCCCCGUCACCUCCCUCGCGCUCACCCACCUCCGCGUCACAGUCUGAACCCCAACGCCCACACGCAUGCCCAUCAUCACCCUCGCCCCCAGCUCCCACAUUCGUUUCCUCAUCACCACAAGCAUCCUCGCCCUCCGCAGCAUCCUCACAUCAGCCCCCCCUCAACGCGCCCCCAUACGCCCACACCCUGGGAUUCCCCUCCACCUGUACCUCCCCGCUGGAUAAUGCCACCAACUCCACCACCACAGAGAGCCAACUUCUAUCAAAGGACGUUUGCACGCUGCACUAUAAUGGAAAUAUCAGUUUAAGAAUUUGGUGAAGUGUAGGUCAUGCACCCUUUAAUAGUAAGACUCAAACAGGCUCUAAAAGAAUGUUUUUAUCACUAAGCUUGAACGAGCAAACUUUGUAAAUCAUAUUCCAUUUCACCUGCACCUGCACCCUUUUCAACCCUAUCUGAUUUAAAGGGAACUCCAUUGUUUAUAUCAUAUAUGUAUGUGUAUGAUUUGUAUAUACUUUAAACGGAUGAUGCACAUUUACAUAUACAGUUAAUUCUGUGCCUCUGUAUAUAUCUGUCAUAAGUUCUCAGCAAAGAUAUACACAUAGGCAUGGUUCAACACUCUGGGGAAUGGAGAGAAGCUGGAGCUGGAGAAGUACAGAAAAGACUGAACCAUGACACAGUGUAAAUAAUGAGGAAAUGAUGCAAGAUGAUAAAUGAUGUAUAUUCCCAGCAACGAGACGCAUGCUGAAAUCUCUCUGUGUACCUAUUUUGUGCCACCUAGAGGCAUCAUUACCCCAUUAAAAUGUAGAUCGCCUCAUUCCAAUGAUAUUUGAACAUAGUUAAAUAAACUUUUAUAGGUA